CUGUGGGUGUCGCUUUGUAAACUUUAUUUAAUUAUCAGACGGGCACAAUAAUGGAAAUCGAGAAUGACAAGAAGCGCGCGAAUUGGGGCAGCCAGAUCGAGUUCAUCCUUACCUUGAUUGGCUUCGCCGUCGGGCUGGGGAACGUCUGGAGGUUCCCCUACCUCUGUUUUCGCAAUGGGGGAGGUGCGUUCCUGAUCCCCUACACGAUCUCUCUAUGCGUGAUGGGCAUCCCUUUGUUCUACAUGGAGCUCUGCAUCGGGCAGUUCGCCAGCCUUGGGCCCGUCAAGGUGUGGUCCAUCAACCCCGCUCUAAAAGGUCUCGGCUACUCCAUGGUGAUCGUGUCCGCGCUGAUCUCCUUCUACUACAACGUCAUCAUAGCCGUAUGCGUGUAUUUCUUCUUCGCGAGCAUGACGCGAACGCUACCCUGGUCCUACUGUGACCCAGUCUGGGCCUCGUGCGACUGUCGGGACAGAACCAUGAACCGAUCCGACCCGAACCCGUGGAACUUCUCAAGAACGGAGUGCUUGAAUUUCAACUUUACAAAAGCAAAAUCUCCGAGCGAGGAUUACUUCUUUUCACACGUGCUCAAGUUGAGCCCCAACCUAGCGGAAACUGGAGGUAUUAGCUGGCAGCUCGUGUUGUGCCUCCUGGCGGCCUGGCUCACUGUGUUCCUCGUGCUCACCAAGGGCAUCGAGUCGCUCGCAAAGAUCGUGUACGUGACCGCGAUAUUCCCGUACGUCCUCCUGACGGCUCUACUCGUGCGAGGCCUCACUUUGGAGGGGGCUCAGGAAGGCAUCCGAUUUUACCUCACACCCAACAUGUCGAAACUAGCCGACGCCGAGGUGUGGUCGGACGCAGCCGUGCAGAUCUUCUACUCUCUCAGCGUCUCCUCCGGGGGUCUCAUCGCCAUGGCCAGCUACAACGCCUUCAAUAACAACGUGCUCAGAGAUACAUUCCUGGUGCCGAUUAUAAACUGUGGGACAAGUUUCUACGCCGGGUUCGUCAUUUUCUCCUCGCUCGGCUUCAUGGCACACACUAAAGGGGUCGAGGUGAAGGACGUAGCCGCAAAGGGUCCGGGCCUGGCGUUCGUGGCCUACCCCGAGGCGCUCAGUCAGAUGCCGGUGGCCCCACUCUGGUCCAUUCUGUUUUUCCUGAUGAUGAUGAUGCUGGGCUUCAGUUCACAGUUCUCUAUCGUUGAGACGGUUCUGACUGGUCUCCUGGACGAACUACCGAGCGUCUCGAUUUCCAGAUUUGGCACCAUACUCUUUCGGGCAGGUUACUGCUUACUGGGAUUCCUUUUUGGGUUACCAAUGGUAACAGGGGCGGGAUUCCACCUCCUUGACCUCGUGGACAACUCUGUAUCAGGCUUUCCUCUGCUCUUUGUUGGACUUGUGGAAGUCAUUGCUAUCGUCUAUGUUUAUGGGUUUAUCAGGUUUCGGAAAGACAUCAUAAUGAUGUUGUCAAUCACGCCCACACGCAAGAAGUUUGUAAACUUCUCUUUCUACUGCUUCGCACCGAUGUGGUGCAUCUUCACGCCGCUCUGUCUGCUGGGCAUCAUCGUGUUCAAGUGCAUCCAGUACAAGCCAGAGAGUGUGACGAACGCCAAAAUAUACCCAAUGUGGGCAGAUGUUAUCUGGUGGAUGAUCACAGCAGCAACAAUCAUCAUGAUACCCCUCUGGUUUAUAGCAUACUACUGCUUACAUGAUGGAUGCAGAACGCUGGCCAAGGCGAACAGCCCGAAGCCCAAGUGGGGUCCCGCGCUCCGUGAGAACCGCUUGGGGCGCUACAACGACGCUUACGAUCGCAAUAAGGAUCUCAUCCAGCCCUACGAUGCCUGGUUGAGCGAAUUAAACAUCAAACAUCCGAAUGAGAAUGGCAACAUCGAGGCGACACAAGACGACACCCUGGACGAGAAGAGAGAAACAACUGGACCGGCUGAAGAACCGACAAGAAAUGGUAUCGCUAAUCUUGCAUACACUGACAUUCAGUAAGUGAGCAGAGGAAACCAAACACGACCAAGAAUGUGGCUCAUAUAUCAACACGGUUGAAAUAAAGAAUUGACGUUGUUUCGGAUAAUGUUGGCUGUAACAAGGGUGAACCAUUUCGAAAUCUUUAAACCGCACACUUCUUAGGUCAGAAUUGUAAACUACGCCGCGUGUGACAUAUGCUUAGAGGAAAAUAUAGACAAACGACACGCAAAAAUGUUGCCAGAUUACAGUAAAUAUGUUGUCGAGGUAACAAAGUGAUAUUCACCAUUCGCAAUUCGUCGUUGUAAUCUAUGCAUUAUGUAUAUUUCUAACACAACAAUGUCAGUCUUAGUAUAAGUAAGUUUUGCAGUUAUGUAAAUGUACAUCUCCUCAUGAUUUUGUCAGUCAUUUAUAGUACUUUGGCCUUGUUUUUGCAAUUGGUAUUUUAUUUAGAUGAAUGGUAUGGUUGCAAAUACUGUGUAUCAUUUAGCUUACAAUGUAUCAAAUCGCUAUUUCGCUUGAAAUGCCUCAAUAAUGAUGGUCGAUAGUAGUUUCCAAACACAACGGAUUGCAGUACGCACAUAACUCAUAUACAUGUGGGUUUUUUCGCAAAUACAUUCAAUUACUACGGUAUUAGUAAUAUAAAGUUGUAUAAAGUUACUAUUCAUUAUACCCUCGGGUAACAAAGUUAUAAGGAUGGGGGGAUAAACAGCAUUUAGGUUGUCUUUCUGCCCUCCAUUUUUUGUAUUUUCCUUUGUUAAUUUAUAUAAGACAAUUGUGUCCCGAGCAUAUCUUAAACAAUAUAUAAUGUAUCAAAGUGUAUAGGUUGAUAUAAAACCAACAAGGGGAAAUCCAAUUCACACGACUGUAAGUGUUUACUUCAUAUUUUCAAUGUUAUUGAAAUAUGGUAAUUAGAAUGUCUUAUAUUUGUCAGAAGCGAACUUUAAAUCUUUAUUUAAACAUUAAACAUUAAGGGUACCGUAAUUACUCUAUGUUUUCGGACACUUAAAAAUAAUUAAAAUUUUUCGUGUCCGAAAACUUAGAUACGAAAAAUAUUCAGAAAAUACCGGUGUCCGAAAACUUAGAGUCAAAAAUUGAAGUGUCCGAAAAUAGCGUCAAUUGUAUCAACCACUACCGGUAAUAGCACGCACUUGUAAAAUACCAUGCCAUAUAGUAUAAAUUACAGUUAUAUAUGUGUGCACUGCAUUUCAAAUAAUUUUAAACGCUUGAUUUAUUUGACAGAUAGUAACUACAAGGUUGUACUUUGACCAAUAAGUUCAAAGAUGAGCAUGUGAUGUACCGAUACUCGCUAGUACGAACCUGUAAUUAACGCAAUAAAAAAGCAAACUAUGAAUUCUUUGUUUUUUCAUUUCCGAUAUUUCUUGUCUAACACCUUCAAUUGUUCGUAAAACUUGCAAUAGGGUGCACCAAACUUUGAAACGUUAAGUAUUUGUCACAGUUAUUUUACAGAAAAUGGGUAGUACCAUUGCGGUAGAUAGUUGAACUGCUAAUUGGCCCUAACCCUGGUAAUUGUCAUAACGCUUAUACUAUCGGACGAAACCAUUGUUUAAUACCGGUUUACAAGGUUAUUUACCCUAUAACGCAAAUGUAAUGGUCCGUUGUCCUCAGGCAUGCACCUGCAAUGUUUUAUGAUGUUAAUCCGGUUGUAAAACCCCGUGAUCGAAGUGUCAUUAGAUAUCGAAUACAGGACCGACAGUUGGUAAAAUAGCGCUGUAUAAUAUACUGUCCGAAAACUUAGAGAAAUUUAUAAUGGACGAAAACUCGUGUGUCCGAAAAUUAAGAGUCACGAAAAAUAAUUAUUUUUGCUAAAAACAAGGGAUUCCGAAAACUUUGAGUGUCCGAAAACAUAGAGUAAUUACGGUAGAUUGAUUUUAUUUAAAAAAAGUGGUGAAGUGCACACGAACCAUAACCCCUGUUUUCCAUAUUUCAACAGAUAUUUUCAUUGUUAAUGUUCAUGUCGAAAUUUUGUUUAGGGCAUAACGUGACAAAUAUACGAGGUAUCAAGAUGAAACUCAAUAUGUAGAAGACGUGCAUUGUUUUGAAAACAUAUCUUUAAACUACAAAUGCCCCUCUUACAAAGCAUGGGCAGGAGUAUUUUCGGCAUGAUGGUGAUCUAAUUAAAACAGUUUUGAUUAAUGUAGUGAACGUUAGCUCCCAUGAGGAUAAGCACGAUGUUCUAAAUGUAAGCUAUUGUUAUCACCAAUGUCGUGAGGUGUGUGGUGUGUGAUGUGCGCCGUCAAUUUUAAGCUUGUUCUAACUUUAGAGAUCCCGUUUUUCAUUCAAUAUUGAUUCAACUUGGUCAGAAUAUGGACACUACCUAGUUUGAGAUUGAUUCUGGGUAACAUGUGUCCAAAACUGAGUCGCCAGGCAAAAUCUUUGAGCAACCUUGUUACCCAUCUAGAGACCACGUUUAUGGUUCAAUCUAAAUAAAACUUCGUCUGCAUGUUUACUAACACACGAUCUAAUUCGAGCUUAAACCCAGUUUACUUGCGUCCAAAGCCUAUGUACCCAGGUCAAACUUUAUUAAAACCGUGUUACCACUUUUGAGUCAACAUUAAGUAAUUGAUCUUAAUGAAACGUUAGAAUGUGUAUCUUGUUUUAAAUCUAGGCCAACUAAGGCCAAGUCAAAUGUUAGACAAAACGUAUAACCACGCGAAGGCCACAUCUAUGACAUAAUCUUUAUAAAAACUUGGUCAGAAGGUUUAUCUUGAUAUUUUCUAGGCCAAGUUCGAAUCUGGGUGUUGUGCGUUCAAAAAUUUGGUUGCACAGGUCAGUUCACAAAAAAUCGUGACCACUUUCGAUUUCACAUUUAUGAUGAAAUGACAAAUCUUGAAAAUUGGCCAAAAAGUUGAUAUUGACAAUAUUAAACCAAGUUUGAAUCAUGGUCAGUUGCGUUUAAAAACUAAGGCACCAUGUCAAAUGUAGUAAAAAUCGUGUAAACACUCUAAAAACCAUGUGUGAGACUAUAUUGAUGAAACCUAGGCAGAAUGUAUAUCCUGAUGUUUUCUAAUAUUAUUAAAAUCUUGGUGAUGUGCGACUGAACACAGUUCACCAGGUACAAACUUUGAAACAUCACACAAACUAAUUAAUGUUUUGUUAUAUCUGAUCCGUGUAUGAACUGAUUUAUGUAUAUUUCGUCUUUGAAUAUUUGUA